UGAACGAAGCGAAAUACCCGCAAAUUCUUCCUCGAUCGAACAUGAAAAUACUUCCAUUCAAACUCACCCGUUGGAAGAUUCUUCAGAGAAAUUUAAGAAGAGAAGUGGUACCACUGACGCAGGAAAAGACUACGAACAUCUCUACAUAGCGAACUUAAUUUUAAAAUUAAUAAUUGACGACAACGUAGAAAAUUUUUAUUUGUCGUCGAACGAUAUAUGGUUCUUUCGAUGACGUUGUAGUUGAAAUUAAAUUCCAAGAUCGCACCGAAACGUUCGCAAUUCAGUUGAAGCACGUCAGUAAAUCAGGAGGAAUAAAAAUUGAACAGUUAAACUCAUCAAGUGGAAACUUUAGUAUCGAGAAGUAUUAUAAAGACUUCAAAAAAGAGCCAAAGUUGACUAAUCCCCCUAUAAAGAUGGUUUUAUUUACCAAUUCUAAGCUAAACGAUGAGCACAUAGGUCAAUUUAAAUUUGGCAAAUUGACGCCAUGCGAACAAGACAGCUUGUUAAGUACACGUAUUUCAAAGUUGGGAGGACAGUGCUACAAAUUCGAAGAAAACGAAGAUAAAUUCAAAGAAUAUGGAUCUUUUUUCAAAAAUUUGUAUCUUUAUACUGAUCAAACCGACGCCAAAGAACUAAAAACGUGUACACUUAAGAUGUUCAAGGCAUAUUUCAAAAGCAACGAAACCGUUUUCCGGGAGUACCUACAUUUUAUAACACAGUGGAGUAUGAAGGAGGGAAACAAAUUCAAGUUAAAUAAAACGUGGAUGAAAUAUAUGAUAAGCCUUUGUGUAUUUUCAUCUUCUAUCAAACCGUUGUCUUUUGUUGCUGAUGGAUCACUGGACGGCAAAAGAAAGAUUUUUAGAGAAGCUGUUUCGAAAUUUGACUUGACUCUUAUAAAUAAAAACAAUUUCGAGAAAAUCACCUCAGUUUGGUCAAAUGCUGUCGACGAUAUAGAUGAUAUGGAAGAAAUGAAUAAAGUGAAUUACAAGUACCAACUUAUUGAAAAUGGACUAGAAACAAAAGAUAGUCUCUAUGAUAAAGACACCAUAAAAGUAUCGGAGCUCAUGUGGUUGCUUGGAAAAAGUCCAUUAGUGGUUGAAGGAUGCCCACAAGUUUAUGAAACAAUAAAAAUAUGUCAGGUUCAGAAUAUAAUUAUACUAGAUAAUCGAGAAACGUUUAACGAGUGUGUUAGAAAAAGUAGUAUUGACCUGCGUCACGACAGUACAGAUGGUCAACAAAAACCAUACUUAUUUGGAAAAUUAUCUGACUUACAAAACCACGUACAGUUGUAUGAAGAAGUCCUAAAGACUUUUACAUAUUCAUUGGAAGGUCAAAAAGACGUUGCAUUGAAAUAUCUGCUAGAAAUCUGCGAAACUAGCGGCAAUUACAUCACUACAGAUGAUUUAGUUGAAAUGGUGGAGACUCCAUUGCUGAUUGGAAAAUCCAAAGAUGUUCUGCCACCCAGUCAUGUCGAAAGAAAAUUGACGAAAAUUGUAAUAGAUGUAAAAUUUUUGAAAAAUAUUACUGAAAAUACAAUUGUUUUGGUAGAUUGCGUAACUAAUGUCAAUUCCUUCAAACAUUUUGUACCAAAUUUAGUAAUCAGCGAAGUGAGUGAAAUUGAGUUCAUUCAGUCCACAAUUCACGAACAAAACAUAUAUGUUUGUGGAAAGGAUUUUUCACAGGACGAAUUUUCUGCAUUGUUUAAAAAAAAUGUGGAAAUUCAGUUCCAACACUUCAGAUAUUUAGACAAUCAUCGUUUGGAGUGGAUAGAAAGUGGGAAUUAUGGCCAAGAACAAAAAUGUAUCAACGAACUUAGAAGGUUUCGUUUACAAAGUGAAUUUAUGGAGUACAGUAUACGCGAGGGCCAGUACUUUAAUCAAUCUCGACAAAAUAUCAACAUUAUCUGCGCAGAUGCUGGCAUGGGAAAAAGCACAUUAACGAAGAGUUUAAAAAAUAGUAGUAUGUCGACAAAGUGGAUCAUUUUAAUCUACGCCAGAAAUCACGCCUUACACUUCAGGACACAUGGAUCAAACGUGGAGAAUUUCUUACAAUACAUCCUAAAAAAUACUUUACGGGAAUCCCGGAAUCAGUUUCACCAGAAAGUAUUCGAAAAUAUGUUGGAACAAAACCGAAUACAACUAAUAUGGGAUGGACUCGAUGAAGCAUCUGAUGCCACUCAAAUUUUAAUUUUAACUUUAGUAACUGCGUUUUCGAAAAAAGGAGUGAAACAAUGGUUGACUUCUCGAAUCAACUUAAGGAAUAUGUUGGAAAACGAGCUAGGUACGUUUGCAAGAAAUAUAAAACAAUUUAGUGAAGACGAGCAAAAAGAAUAUAUUAAAAACCGUUUAGGCAUUACUGAUGAUGAGUUAAAUGAAAGUUUUAAUAAAAUAAGAAAAAAUAUAAUGUCUUUUCCAAAUUAUGAAAUUUUAAGCCUUCCUCUACAAAUUUAUAUGCUUACAGAAUUAUUUUUAAAAGACAAAGACAAAUACCUACCUUUGUUAGACGGUAUUUUCACUGUUCUUGAUCUAUAUGAACAUUUUGUUGACGAAAAAUUUCAUGUUUUAUACAACGACAAAAAAGAAACUACAUUAAGAAAUGAACAGAAUAUCCAGAAUUUUGAACACGAAAAGAACACUAGAAUGAACCACUAUAAAAAUGUAGCUGCAAGUUAUUACAUUUAUAACUCUUUAAUACAUAAAAUUGUAAAUGAAUUCUCGUUCAACAGGACUGACAGUUUUGUAAUAAAAAUUAAAAACGAAGGUGAUGAUGUAGGAUUUAUAAGCCGGGUUAUAUCUAAAUAUGAUGUUGAAUUCAUUCACAAUUCGUACGGUGAAUAUUUUGCAGCUUUGUAUCUAUUUGAACACGAAAGUUCUAAAGCACGUGAUAAAGAAUUUAUUUCUAACAAUCGAUAUAAAAACAUUCGAUUUUUUUUAGAUUUAAUGUUAGCGAGAAAUUCGAAAUAUUUAGUAGGAGUUAUAUAUAAGAAUCCUACAAUUCUAGAAGAAUUUAUACAUAUCGAUCUAAGUCAAAAAGACGCCAUUGGUCGUGACGCUUUGGAAGUGUCUUGCGCCUGGAAUAAAAAUUAUCCUCUUGUUAAAAACAAUAUUCUGUUGAAUGACAAAAGUUUCAACACGAAAUGGUUAAUCAAUAGUAAUGAAAAAGUUGUUGGAACUCUCAAUUAUGGUGACAUUGCACCAAAAUUUUAUAAAUUCGGCGCAUCGGGUCAUGUGUGUUUUAAAAAGUUGAUGAUUUUCUUACCAUUUUUGAUACCAAUUUUUGACGGGAAUCAGUUCGGAGAAGAUUAUUUAGUGGCAGUUUUAUAUUAUGCAAUUAGGUUUGAUUGUCCAAUUAUUUAUGAGUGUAUUGAAAAUUCUAUUCCUUUAAAAACCACAUACAAUAAUAUUAGUUCAAGAAGUAUUUUAGGCUUAGCUCUUUUUAACAGGUCAGCGCAAAUAUUAAAAAAAUUAUUUUCCGAAGAACGAAGUCAUUCCAAGUGGGAUAGCGUAGAAGAACUUUCAAUUCUGGAUUCGGAAAUUGACGAAAUAUUGAGUUUUGCUUUACAUUUCCCAGAGUUUGGAAUAGAUGUGCCAAAUUCGAAAGGUCAGUCGUUGGCGCAUUAUGCAUUGGAAAAAAAUCUAACUAAGACGUUGGGUUCAUUAAUUCUCAGAGAAGUGAACACAAAUAAUAAGGAUAGAAACGGAAGACGUCCUAUACAUAUUGCGCUUGAAAAGGGGCAUUUAGAUUUUUUAAAACGCAUAGCCCAAAUUGACGUUUUAGAUGAAGACGGUCGUUUGCCGCUUCAUUACGCUUGUGAUGAUGGAGAUUUAGGUGUAGUAGAAAUACUGUUAAAGAAUGGUGCUAAAGUGGAUGUCCCGAAUGGAAAUAACCAGCUGCCGAUUCAUUACGCUUUUCAAAAAUGGCAUACAGAUAUUAUAAAAUUACUAGUAUGCAAUGGUGCGAAAGUGAAUGUCCCGGAUGGUGGUGGACGGUUGCCGAUACAUUACGCUUGUGAACAUGGAGAUUUAGCAGUAGUCAAACUAUUGUUAAAGAAAGACGCGGAAGUUGACGUUCCAGAUGAAAAUGGACAGCUUCCGAUUCAUCAAGCAUUUCACAAAUGGCAUACAGAUGUUAUAAAAGAACUAGUAAGCAAUGGUGCGAAAGUCGAUCUUCCGGAUGAAGAUGGACGAUUGCCGAUACAUUAUGCUUGUGAACGUGGGAAUUUAAACCUAGUAGCAUUACUGACAACGAAUGGGGCGAAAUUCGAUGUUCCGGACAGAGGUGGUCAGCUACCGAUGCACUAUGUAUGCAAAAAUUAUUUUGAGGGAUAUGAUAUAAUUUUAUUUUUGUUUGAAAAAGGUGCGAAAUUGGAUGUUCCGGAUGGAAAUGGACGGCUGCCGAUACAUUAUGCUUGUGAGCACGCAAAUUUAUUCAUAGUAGAAUCACUGGUAACGAAUGGAGCGAAAUUUUCUGUUCCGGACAGAGGUGGUCAAUUACCGAUCCACUAUGCGUGCAGAAAUAACUUGUGCGGAUAUGGUAUAAUUUUCUUUUUGUGUAAAAACGGUGCGAGAGUAGACGUUCCCGAUGGAGAUGGACGGCUGCCGAUACAUCUUGCUUCUGAACGCGGAAGUUCAGAAAUAGUAGAAUUACUGGUAAAGAAUGGAGCGAAAUUUGAUCUUCCGGACAGAGAUGAUCAGCUACCGAUGCACUAUGCGUGUAGAAAUUACGAUGAGGGAUGUAAUACGAUUUUAUUUUUGUAUAAAAAACAUGCGAAAGUGGAUGUUCCAGAUGGAAACGGACGGCUGCCGAUACAUUAUGCUUGUGAACGCGGAUCUAUCCACAUUGUAAAAUUACUGGUAACGAUUGGAGCGCGAAUUGAUUUGGCGGACAACGAUGGUCAGCUACCAAUCCACUAUGCUUGCAGAAAUUUGGAGAAUGGAUCUGAAAUAAUUUUAUUUUUGCUAGGAAGACAUGCGAGAGUGAAUGUUCCUGAUGCUGGCAAACGACUGCCGAUACAUUAUGCUUGUGAAAGCGGGCUUUUACACAUGGUACAAUUACUGGCAACGAGUGUAGCGAAAUUUGAUAUUCCGGACAGUGAUGGUCAGCUACCGAUGCACUAUGCUUGCAGAAAUUUCGAGAAUGGAUAUGAAAUAAUUUUAUUCUUGCUGGAAAAAGAUGCGAAAGUGGAUGUUCCAGAUGGAGCUGGACAACUGCCGAUACAUUAUGCUUGUGAACGCGGACCUUUGCAGAUGGUACAAUUACUGGUAUCGAAUGGAGCGCCAAUAAAUAUUCCGGACAAAAAUGGUCAGCUACCGAUGCACUAUGCGUGCAAAAAUUUCAAGAAUGGAUAUGAAAUAAUUUUAUUAUUGUUAGAAAAAGGCGCGAGAGUGGAUAUUCCGGAUGAAGAUGGACGGCUGCCAAUGGAGUGCGCUUGUGAACACGGAAAUUUAAAUGUAGUACAAUUGUUAUGGAGGGAGGCAGAUAAUAUGCACUAAAGAUGAAGUGUCGACACGCGCUGAAUUGGAAAAAUUUACUUUGCCAAAGACUCGCCCUUAUCGUGAUUUUGCAAGUUACUUAUCAGUGCGCCACUUUUUUGGUUCUUAAUCCUAGUCGUUCUGUACCAUUUAUUGAAUAGUAGUUGUGGUCGGUCAAGAUACACUACCAAUGGGCCAGUAGCGUAUACAGUGCAUCUUUUUUAAAAGUGGCCAUUGGGAUUCCCAUGUUAAAUUUUAGACCCCAUGUUAACUUUUGCUAGGGUGAAAACCCAGAUAUGAUUUUUGCGGAGAAAAUAACCUUCGGGUUCUACUUUAAUUUCCACUACCACUUUUUCCAGUAAUUUGCUAAUUUGUGCUUUAAAAAAUAAAAAUUAUUUUGAUUAAAAAAGUUUGGUACAUCAUAGACGGUUUUGACUUAUCAUUUUAACUUGUCAUUUUUGACAGCAUAAUUUUAAUUUAAUCAUUAAAUACCUUAAUUGCAGUUUUUAGAAAAGAAACAGAAUGAUGGAAUUCAAACAUAAAUGAAGAUAAUAAAAGAUAAUUUCACUGAAAUUGCGUUUUUAAUGUCCAAUAAAAAACCUGUGUUUAUAAAUCUGCCACAAAAUUUUCAAAAUGUGGUUGUGGUUUGUCGGGUAUGGAACGAUGUGGGAAUGCUGCAGCAAAAUUUGGCGGAGUUUCUCUGUUGUCGAUAAGGCUUUAAUGUAUCCAUCAGUGACCAUUUCUACUUUUUCAUUAAUUGUGUACUGCGAUAUGUUGACCAAUUUCGGUCACUAAAAACCAGUAAUUGAACGAGUAAUCAAAGUUUAGAAACGUCAGGUAAAUGUUUGUUUUUACAUGGCUGCCUACAAUAUUAGCGACAAAAAUAUCCAAAUAUUGUAAUUUUUUUAAAGAUAUAUACUUUAAUUUUGUUCGGGUUGUGGACCCUUGUCACAAGCGUCCCCACUUUCUCUUCUGCCUGCAAUGUAUCUCCUCCGAAUUUAACACUUUGUACAUAGACUCCGAAGCGUCAACAACAAAAAAAUACAGUGUUACACAGCACAUGUUUGUGUUUCAUUUAUAUCAAUCUUUUUCGGUACGUAUGUAUGAAUAACAAUCAUACAUCCAACAAAUUUAAAACAUGAUUUUUAAUAAAAUCGACAAAAGAUAACGCAAGCUAGAUCCAGUAAAAAUUUCAGCUCUGAAUCUUUACUCAAACAUAAGUUAACAUGGGAAUCCCUAUGGCCACUUUCAAAAAAGAUGCGCUGUAUAACAAUUCAUGUUUAAUUUCAAAUAUUUUUUUCUGGAUAUUGGUAUCAUUUAAGAACGUGAACUCUGUAAAGUGCUAUAAAUCUUAUUGUGAAUUAUUCCCCAUUUUUAUUAUUGCACACAUUUCGAAUUCAAUCAUAUGUGAAAAAUUUGCCAAAUUUCCGUUAAAUACAUAAUUUAAAAGGCAUAAUCAGGAAAAUUUGUUCACACUCUAAGGGAAUUUAUAAAAUAUUGGUUAUUAAACGUCUCAUUUUAUUGCUUUGAAGAUGCAACACCUUUUUUAGUGCUUCGUACUAUAAAGGACUUUAAUCGAUCAACGAAAAUGAGCACAUAGAUCAGAAUUAAAUUUUGUUAUCAAUUUUUUGCGUAUGAGUUAUAUCGAACAGAAAAACAAUAAAGCUAUAAGUAUGCAUCAUAGAAGUUAUUAAUGUUUAGAUCGAAUUCUAAAAAUUUAUGGAGGAAUGACCAGAUUCGAGUAUUUCAGCCAUUUGCGACAUAUCUAUUUAGGAUUUAAUUAUUUUUAAGACGUUAACAAAUGUAGUCUAAUCAGUUCGUAUGUAUUAAGUUUGUCAAAGGCUAAAAUCUGCACUGUUUUUUUUAAGUUUAUACAUAUGUCGAUAGGUUUGAAUUCUUAAAUGUUUAAUUCAAUGGACAUAUCUUAUAUGUCCUAACUGUUAUAUAUUUUAUGUAUUCUUAAUUGGUGUCCAUCGAUGUAGACGAGACUAAGUUUAGCUAUUUAUGUAUUUAUGUAUUAUGCUUAUGAAGAAAUUUUUAAAAAUACUUUAUAAGUAGCAAAAAAUCAACAAAUGGCAUAAAAUGUACUGCCACACCCUGUAACUAUAUAGGGUGUUUUAUAAUAAAGCUAUGUAUUUAUUAUACUAAAAUGAGUAACUUAACUAUGAUAAUAAAAGCGACAUGUACUUGUUUGA